UUAAGAGCUAGAAUUCUCACUCUUUCCACCAAAACCCUUUCUUGAUCUGUUUAUACAUUGAAAAUGGCGAUUCGGAACGUCGGAAUUUGGAUUGUCGUUUUACUCUUGAUGAUGCUUUUUCAGUCUUCAAUCUCAGAGGAUCCUCGUUGGGCAGCUAAAAGGAAACGGAUGAGUGAAAAAGUUCGCAAGAUGUUUUAUCAUGCAUAUGAUAACUAUAUGACACAUGCCUUUCCGUAUGAUGAGCUGAAACCCCUUACCAAGAGUUAUACCAACUCGCUCGUUGAGCUUGGAAAUUUGAAGCUUGAACAUUUAUCACAAGAGUACAAUGGAUCUGCCCUUACUCUUAUCGAGUCAUUGUCCAGCCUUGUCAUCAUGGGAAACAACUCGGAAUUUGAACGUGCAGUUCUUUGGCUUUCAGAAAAUUUGUCAUUUGACGUUGAUGCCAGGACGAAUCUUUUUGAGUGCAACAUAAGAGUUCUUGGAGGACUUGUUUCUGCUCAUAUUCUUGCAACUGAUUCUACAAACAGGAUGGUCCAAGGACACUAUAAGAAUCAGCUUCUUGUCCUAGCUGAAGAUUUGGGUCGACGUUUCUUACCUGCUUUCAAUACCCCAACUGGAUUGCCAUAUGCUUGGGUUAACCUUAAGUAUGGCGUGAUGGAGAAUGAAACCACCGAAACAAGCACGUCUGGCUGUGGUUCAUUGAUUCUUGAAAUGGGAGUUUUGUCACGAUUGACUGGUGAUCCCAGGUAUGAGUUUUCAGCUAUGCGCGCUCUUCGUACGUUAUGGGGCAUGAGGAGCUCUUUGAAUCUUCUUGGAACUACUUUGAAUGUUGAAACAGGAGAGUGGAUUGAAUAUUCAUCAGGAAUUGGGGCUGGAGUUGAUUCGUUCUAUGAAUAUCUCCUCAAAGCCUACAUUCUUUUUGGAAGCGAUGAACUUUGGAGCAUGUUUCAGCCUGCAUAUCUUGCAGUGCAGAAGUAUCUUAGACAUGGACCAUGGUACCAUGAAGCUGACAUGCGAACAGGAAUGGCUACAUAUUGGCAACUCACUAGCCUUCAAGCAUUUUGGCCUGGUCUACAGGUCCUAGCUGGGGAUGUUUCUGGUGCCAAUUCUUCUCAUCGUGAAUUUUUUUCAGUGUGGAAGAAAUAUGGAGUAUUACCAGAAAGGUACUUGCUAGAUCAUCAGAUAAUACAUCCCACCGAAAAAUAUUAUCCUUUGCGUCCUGAAUUAGCUGAAUCCACAUUUUACCUUUAUCAAGCGACAAAAGAUCCAUGGUACAUGGAUGUGGGUGAAUCAAUUAUAGAUUCCUUGAACUUGUACACAAAAGUUGAAGGUGGGUUUGCCAGCAUUAAAGAUGUCACUUCUAUGGAAUUAGAAGAUCAUCAACACAGUUUCUUUCUAGCUGAGACGUGCAAGUACCUUUAUCUUCUCUUUAACGAUUCUUUUCUAGUUGGUAGAAAUUAUGUUUUCACAACUGAAGGUCAUCCGCUUCCUGUACUUCGUGCUUGGCAUGAUAGGCUACCAGAUACCUAUAUUCCUAGUACCCAUACAUAUUCUAUUGAGAAUGGGGGACGAGAAAAAGGAGUUAGUGCUAUGUCUUUACAAAUCUGUCCAGCAACUAAUUUGAACCAUAGGGAUGGUUACGAGGAACAUGUGGAGAGUGUUUGCCACAUUCGGGAUCUUGUAAAUAAUCAUAGAUGUUUCAAUGACGAAGAUUGUGGAGUGGAUGCAACUUCUUGCAGGCAAAGAUCUUGUAGCAUAGCCGGAUUCUGUGGGCUAUGGCUGUUAACAUAAAACACUUUGUAGGAUGGAUCGCAUUCUUUUUAGUCACGCGAAAACAAAAGCCAUUUUAUUCCGAGAAAACAUGGUGAUUAAUCGGUAUAGACACAGCAGUUUUUGUUUUUCCCUUGGAACAAUUUGGUGUAUAUUUCUUAGACAAUUAUUUAUGAGGUUUAUUAAUAUGGUCCAUAGGGUGUGAUAUUUGUAGCAAUAUGUUACAAUAGAAACAGAAGUAUAUUUUAAAUUAUUACAGAUUGGACAUCUUUUCUUGAUGAAA